CUUUAACAAACCCAUUAUUAGCCCACAAACUUUAGAUAAGAUCAGAUUCCUCGCUUGACGCAACAAUUUGACCACCUGCUUAUAUAAUCCGAGCUCGAUUAAUUUUGAGUGCAGAGUAAGAUCAUAAUCUGUGAUUCACGGAUCGGAAAGGCUUUGAUUGUGAUAAUUAGCAAAUGCUGAUUUGAGAUUUAAACACAGAGAGCAGUGGGGCGAAGUGCGUGGUUGGCCUGGAGCGUGUAUUCGAUAUUAUCGUCAACGAUGGGAGCCUGCUUUUCCUGCAAAAGCAAAAGUAGGAGGGCUAAGGAGGAGAUGUUGCGGAAGAAUCGUAAGCGCAAGUACUUGAAUGAUUUCUCCAUGGUGUCUAAGAAAAUGACAUCCUUUAAGGAGGAUAGGUUGCACAGGAAUAAUGACCGGAUGUUCUUGAAUGGGUCGAGUGAGACUGCCUCCCUCUUUCUACAGAAAGGCGAUAAAGGGGUCAAUCAAGACGCCAUGAUUGUUUGGGAGAACUUUGGUUCGAGAGCAGACACGACCUUCUGUGGGGUCUUUGAUGGCCAUGGCCCUUCUGGCCAUAUGGUUUCUAAACGUGUCCGAAAUUUUCUUCCUAUGAAGCUGAGUGAACACUGGGAAGACAAUAGGAAAUCUGUAAGCAAUUCUGAGAUCUUUGACUCGGUGAAAGAGACUUUUCUCGAUGUCUUUGAGUUCACGGACAAAGAGUUGAGAGAUGACCCGUAUUUUGAUUGCGUCUGUAGUGGAAGUACUGCAGUGGCCCUGGUGAAACAGGGUCAAGAUCUUAUAAUCGGAUAUAUUGGGAACUCGAGAGCUGUACUAGGGAUGAGAGGCGCGAAUAAUGGAUUCAUUCCAGUGCAGUUGACUGUGGAUCUCAAGCCUGACCUUCCUGCGGAAAAAAAAAGGAUCCGGAAAUGCAAAGGUCGUAUAUUUGCCCUACGGGAUGAACCUAAGGUGGCAAGAGUGUGGCUUCCACACAGCAACACUCCCGGCCUUACCAUGUCGCGUGUGUUUGGUGAUUUCUGUCUCAAGGAUUACGGCGUCAUAUCCGUGCCUGAAAUCACCCACAGACGCAUCAUUGAUGACGACGAGUUUGUAGUCUUAGCAACACAUGGGGUAUGGGCCGUGCUGUCAAACAAGGACGUGGUAAAUAUCGUGGGCACUUGCCCUACACGCUCAUAUGCAGCUCGAGCAGUAGUCGAAGCAGCAGUUAAAGAAUGGAGUUAUAGGUAUCCAACUUCAAAGGUUGAAGACUGUGCAGUGGUCUGCCUCUUUCUCAACUCAGAGGAGUCUUCCACCUCGAGCGCCAAAUCCACCACGCCUAAAGCGGACAAAUCCAAAAACUAUCCCGAUCCUUGUGAACUCAACCGUAGUGACACAACCAAAACAGGCUGUGGGGCAAUUGAGGAAGGAUAGAGGAUAAGAGUUUCAUGUUUGUUGAAAGUCCGACAUUGGUGGCGUCACGAAGCACGUGGAAAUGAGGAUGAAGGCAAGACGCGUUGCUCUUGUCCAGCGCAGUUUGUCGAGCGAUCGCAAACAAGGCAUUUGAGAUAGGGUUUGUGAAUAUCUUCAUACAUAUGGUGAAAUGUAAGUACAUAGAUAGAAUUUGAAUUUUGCAUUCAUCCGAGCAAGUCUCUAUUGUUUUGGUUUUGAGAUUUGACUCUCUUCCCAUUGUUCAAAGCCUUUUCAUCAAUAAUAUGUUAUCAUCCUUUCUUACUUAAA